GGCCUCAAGUUCUUCCGUCGUCUUCCUCUUCCUCCACUUGGCAGUAAGGUCCGAGCAGCCAUGGACGGCUCCCAAAUUAACCACGUCAUCCCCUUUUCACCAUAUGUCGACAACCCAAAAUACCUUUUUUAUGGAAAACACACCACUCGACGUGGAGCUUCAAAUAUCCUCACUUCUCCUUUCCCCUUUCCCUUUAUAAUCCUGCAACCGCCCCACCAACCCUCAUAACUCAACUCAACCGAAGUGCAAACAGUUACCUCCUUCUUCCUCUCUAAAGCUGCAAGCUUGAAUUUGCCUAUCCUCUGUUUUUGUGUAAAGAUUGAAGCGAUUUCACACCUCUCCGAUAAAAAUGGCCUUGACCUCGUCGACCUUGCAGACAAUCUUCGCCAGCCCAGCUCUGACCAGCCGGGCCAGAACCACCUGCUACUCCUUCCCUCGCAUCGCCAGUGUUCCGCGUCUGAGCAGAAAUGCAGUCCGGUGUAUGGCCACCGGAGAUGAAAAGACAGAACAGAGCAGCGAACCCACAUCGGUACCCCCAACGACAUCUCAAAUCCCUACUACUCCCACUCCGCCCAAGCCGCAGGCGCCCAAGGUGAGCACCAAAUUCGGCGACGUGUUGGCGUUCAGCGGGCCGGCGCCCGAGAGGAUCAACGGCAGGCUGGCGAUGGUGGGAUUCGUGGCCGCCUUGGCGGUGGAGCUGUCCAGGGGACAGGAUGUGUUCACCCAGAUCUCCGAGGGAGGCGCCACCUGGUUCGUCGCCACCAGCGUGCUGUUCACUCUUGCGUCGUUGAUCCCUCUGUCCAAGGGAAUCACCGCGGAGUCGAAAUCGAAAGGGCUGAUGACCUCUGAUGCGGAGAUGUGGAAUGGUAGAUUUGCGAUGUUGGGGCUGGUUGCACUGGCCUUCACCGAGUACGUCAAGGGUGGUCCCUUUGUGUAAUUUUGUUGGCGUGUGAUGGUCGGCUGGAGCCUGUGUAAUGUUUGUGUACUUAUAUGCUACUAGUAAAUAUACGAAUGGAACACACUAUGAUGAGGAAUUUUAGCCAUAGCCCUAAAAAUUCUGACGAACGACCACAAUUGCA